AACUCAGCCUUCAACCACAACAAAUCCAGCAACUCAACCGCCAGUGGCUGAUGACUCCGAAUCAACACCAGAGAUGGUUGCUGAGUUUGGCAAUCCCCGUGCCAGCGGUCCAAACACUGGAAUUGCCGCAAACCAGGCCUGGAUACUUCAAUAUUCAACUCUCCUGGCGGGUAACGUGAACAGAUUUGAGUUCAGAUCGGCAACUAACCUAGUGGUUGACCAGGAUACCCCAUUGGAGGUUCGCAUGCAAAUAUGGAGACCACUUUCCGGUCCUGGACAACGUAACAUCCUUAUAGGGGAAGAAAACGUUGCUGUGCGACAGCCUAACUUGCUUCACACGGUUUACCCAUCCAGAGAUGGAGGGAUCCAGGUUCUCGAGGGCGAUCUUUUAGGAUUCACCGAGCUUAGUCAAACUGGUGUCAUUGCCAGAAACAAUGACCUCAAAAGUCCCAGAAGCAAGACCCGGAUGUUUGACUACUCCAAUGAUGGGAAUGGGGAACCUCCUGUGUUGUAUAGGAACUAUUCGUUUGGACACUCACAGAGCCAACGCUUAUUCAGCAUUGCAGUUUUCAUUGAUGUUUAUUCAGACGACUCAUCUGGAGAUGGUGAAUAUGAUGUUGGUGUACUUGGGUUUGAAAGUCCUAAUGUUGAAGGAAAUCUGACCAAGCCUAAUGACAUUGAUACAUCACUUGGAUCAGACGAAAUACUUGGCUGCCACCUAUUUGAUUACAAGGGAGAACAGAAACGGCUAAAGAUCGUAAAGCUAGGUGACACUGAGGUGCUCAAUGAUGUCAUAUUUGACUCUAACGAUAUAGCUGAGGUACCUCAAGGGAACUUUACAUUAGUUGCUGAUAAGUAUAUUAUGAAUCCAAAAUCUGGGCUUUACAUACUGAACAUUGACACAUCAGAUGCUGGACGCUACCGCUGUUUGGAAUUGGAUUCUGAAACUGUUAUCACAGAUUAUAUAGCGAAUCUAGCUGUCAAAGCAUUUAGUUGCGACUUUGAGGUUAGCAGCUGUGGUCUCAACUUAAGCAGUCAUGGGUUCAAGUGGAAAAGAAACAAGGGGGAGACGCAAACAAGAGGUACAGGACCUAGUUGGGACCAUACCUCUGGAAACGGUUACUACUUAUACACGGAUGUCUCCCCUCCAGUAGAGUUUAACGACCAAACACAAGCAGUACUUAAUGUGAAGGGACAUAAUAACACUACAGAGGAUGGCAAACUGAUGUUUUUCUACCACGCUUUCGGACAAGACGUUGGAAAACUUGAUGUAAUGACCAACAGCUCUGAUCACCAAGUUGUUUCGAGGUUUCACGUAUUAGGUCCACAAGAAAACUCAGAUUGGAGAUAUGCUGAAAUUGAUAUUCCUGUUCAGGUUGCCAGAAGGGAUUUUGACAUCAUAUUUGAGGUGACACGCGGGAAGAGUUGGAAAGGUGAUGUUGCAAUUGAUGAUUUGAUGCUUGUGUUUGGAGAAGGAUACACGUCUUAUAGAAAAGAACGCAGAACUUCAAGGCCAUAUAUUCAAAGUGGUGGUGGAUUCUGGAUACCUUUCCCUAAAUCAUAUCUACCAGGAAACAACGACGUCAAAUUGACUAACAUGGCACGUUUGGGAUGCCUCCAAGCGUGCGUCCAAUAUGCUAAAUUCUAUUGCAAGUCGGUGGACUAUGUGCAAGAGACAAGCGAGUGCAUGCUAUCGAGCUCAAAUCACAAUGAUCCUAACACACCUUUUGCUCCGCAGUACCAUCCCUUCAUAGACUAUUACGAAAGACUUGAUGACGAGCCCACAACUUCAACAAUAACACCAACAGCUAUUGUAAAUACGCCCGCUUUUGACGACGUACCAGCGGGCGAACCAGUUUUUACCAAUGCACAAGACACAAUCUGUCAAAAUAUUACAAUAUUGGCAAUGGUGACAGAUACGUCAAUCGGUAGACCAGCUCAUAAUAUGACCAUGUCAAUUUACUAUAACCAUCAGAUGAGUGGUUGGACUCAUAUUCAUACUAGCAUUACCGAUACAAUGGGAAAAGCGGGAAUGAUGCUAGAAGGGGAUGCUGUAAGGUAUGGCGCCUACAAGGCACAACUGCACUCCGCAUCCUAUUUCGCAAAGCUUGGAGGGAAGAAACCAGGGUUUCCCUAUAUUGAGAUAAUUUGGGAAUUAUCUAGUGAUCUCAAACCACUUUAUUACUUCCCUGUCUUAGUGAAUCCUUAUAGUUACACUGUGUCUUCGUCAGAUAUGAUGGACUUAAUGGAUGAAGCUCAAACUAUGUUUUCACUAUGAAAAUCAAAAGAGGACCAAUUGUCAUAAAAUACGAUAUGGAGGACUAUGAAAUACAGAGCUAUGCAAUAAUUGAUCCUUGAGCAGAUGUAACCAUCUUGGUACUCAGAGAAAAAAGACUUAACCAAUAGUUGUUGUUAAAGUUUGCUCGGCUCGACCAGGAUGUAUUUAUCAUUAAUCAUGUUUAUUAUUUAUCAUUAAUCAUGUCAUAUAUGUAUGUAUGUAUAUAUAUUUAUUAAAGUGCCUCGUAUAGUAUACCCAGCCUAUUUUAAGCUUAUGGGGCACAUUGCACAAUAUAUUUGAAAACAAUAUUAUGAUAAGAUUAUUAAUUGAAGCUUGCUCUUUUGAUAGCAGCAUUCAGGAAUUUUCCAGUAUGGCGCACUAAUCUAAAAUCACGUAACAAAAGUUUUAAAAGUUCAUCAUCUAUGAUAAGUACUUGUUUUUGUAGACAACAGACAAAAAUAAUUCAUUUUGUAAAUUGUUAUGUGAUGGGCAUAUCAUGUUUAUCA